CCAAGAAUAAUUUAAUAUAAAAAUUUUUACUGCUUAAAAAAUAAUAUUCAAGUAAUUACUAAUUACUCUAAAAAAUUACACUGAAGGUAAUAUUGUAAUAAAAAUAAUUUGCGAAAUUCAAAUGAAAAAAUUACAUCCGAGUGUAAUUAUUAAUUACUUUAAAAAAUUACCAAUGAAUUGUUGAAAACAAAAAAAAUUACACUCCCACAAAAAAAAAUUAAUUCAAAUGUCUAAACAACCGACUCACUUAAAUCACUUAAUCCUCUUUGAAGAAGACAAUAAAAAAUGAUAGACGUAUCUAAAUUGCUCAAAAAAAUUGUAAACGCAAUUAAAAUUUCUUAGUUAUUACUAAAAAAAUUUUUAAAAAUAAUAAUGGAAUUUUUUUACUAAUUAAUUAAAUAAUAAGAAAAAUUUAAUUGAUAAUAAAUAAAAUAAAUAAAUUGUUGAAUAAAUUGAGAAAUGAGCUUUGAUGAGCAAGACUGGAGAAUGGUCGAAUUACGAACAACGACAACUGGAGUGUCAUCAGUGACCCGGGACCAUCGUCCUGUGACCCAGCGUUACAAUCUCCACUACUCAGUGCUGACAAUAUUGGACGCAAUAUUUUCAGCAUUUGUCGCAGCACCAGCAGUCGUUGGCUACUGGAGAGGAACUUGGAGUCUUAGUGAUGCUUAUAUUUAUCCAGAAGACCCAUUUUGGAGCUUUGCGACCUCAAUGAUUCUCGGCUAUGGUGGUUUAUUUUUUUUUAAUGUAAUACAACAUUUUUUAAAUGACUUCUUACAUCCUGAUAAACACCGACUGUUGUAUUAUUUCGGGUCGCGGAUCUAUACCGCGAUAUUUGGUUUCUGCUGCGUCAGUGCCUGGCGAGGAGGCUGGUACGUUUUGCAUCUUUACACUGAGCAAAAUCCUAAUACUGUUAUUGCUACCACUGCAGUAGCACUGAUAGCACUAGGUCUGAUGAAAGGAAUCAGAAAUAUUUCGGCGCCACCUUUUUCACUCAGUCUUGAUUCCCAUCCCGGGUACUUUGAAGUCCCCACGAUGUUUAGAAUCGACAAUACAAGAGAUUGGACCCUGUACGUUCUGGACUGCGCAUUCAGUGUAGGAAUCGUCGGUACUCUGGUGGUAUUCGUAUGGCGAGGAAUAUGGGUCCUAUUGGACUUGCAUUUAUUUCCAGACAAUCGUGAAUAUUCAUCGAUUUGUUCUCUGAUAAUUGGAUAUGUGAUAGUUGCAGUUACAUUUUGUUUGCAACCGGUAAUGCGUUACGCUUGUAGCAGAUUACAAGGACUAGCAAGACUAUUGGCAGCAGAUGCAUUUUUACUGCUGAGUUUCAUUGGGACCGUUAAUGUGUGGAGAGGGAUUUGGAGUAUGCUGGACUUGUGGUUUAUUCCAGAGGAUCCAGAACUCUCGUGUUGGAUUACACACGUCGGUUGUUUUGUGUUUUUAGGAUUACUAAAUUGCAGUAACUCUAUUUUGGUACGUGGAGUUUAUAUAGAUGCCGAAGAAGAGGAAGGGCGGUGUGUUAUUUUUCCAUGUCAUUAUUUACGAUUAUUUUUCAAGAUUGAACGUGAAAAGAAAGAAGCACGGCGUCGAAAUCUAGUGAACAUAUCCCGCGACUACGCUUGCAAUGACAACAACGGAAAAGACUUAGAAAGUGGAGCGCUUAUAAACUGUACGACCCUACCGACAGUAAUACCUUCUCAAGACCCCCAGGGGUAAAACAAAAUUGAAAAAAAAAAAUGUUUUAAAAACUGAAAGUGAAGUGAGUGUAAAUAUCAAGUGAGGUCACAAGUGUGUGAAAUGGACUUUUUCAUUUUACGUAAGCUAAUAAUUUACAAAU